UUCCUGGCCAAGGGGGUGUUGCUGCAAUGAUAGCAACAGGGCGAGCAGUGCGUUGAUAUAUGCGGGAGCUGCAGGGUGUUGUAUAAGAAGGAGCUGCGGGGAGUGAAGGAGCAUUAACCGGGAUCACGUUUCACCUCUGUGAGCUGAAGAGAUGUGAGUCACUCAUUCAUACCUGUGGAAACAAGACUGAAAACUGCAGGGAGAAUGCACGAGGCUUACUGAAAUCCUCCGUAUAUCAUGAGAGAAGAUUAACAAAAUGUUUGGGACCGUGGUGGUUGGAGUUGGAAUUGCUGGCCUAGCACGGAUCCGUGACUUGAUGAAUCCGAUGCCUUCCAGCCCUUCUGAGCACCUGAAACUCCUUGGAUUUGUAUCCAGGAGAAGUUUUGGCAAUAUUAACGAGGCCAAGCAGAUUAGCCUGGAAGAUGCUCUAAAAAGCAAAGAGAUCCACGCAGCCUUCAUCAGCACAGAGAACAGAAGCCAUGAAGAAACCAUCAGGAUGUUUUUAGAAGCUGGGAAACAUGUCCUUGUUGAGUACCCCAUGGCUUUGUCUGCUAAGGCGGCCCGUGAGCUCUGGGAGAUGGCUGAACAGAAGGAUAAAGUACUCCAUGUGGAGCACAUAGAGCUUCUGACUGAAGAGUACAAGCAGCUGAAAAAAGAAGUGGCUGGAAAAGACUUGGUGAAGGGAACACUGCAUUUCACAGGUAGCGUCCUUGAUGAAAACAAAACGGGAUUCCCAGCUUUCAGUGGAAUUGCCCGACUGACUUGGCUGGUUGACCUCUUUGGAGACCUCACUGUUACCUCCGCCACCAGAGAAAAGCAGAAGGAUAAGAAUUACUCCAGAAUGACUGUUCACUUUCAGACAGCAAACAAUAAACCUCUGACUUGGAUUGAAGAAAGGGGACCAGGGAUGAGACGUGAAAAGAAAAUCAACUUCUGUUUCACAAGUGGUUGCCUGGAAAACUUCCCUCAAGCCCCAAGGUCUGCUGUGGGCCUUUUCAUGCAGGAUCAGAACCUCUUUGCCAAAAAACUGCUGGGCCAGGUAUCGAAGGAGGAGCUGGCUGCCGAGAAAUGGCGAAUUUUGCGGUGUCUUGACCUUGCCGAGGUGAUCCAACAGCACUGUGAACAGACGGAGAAAAUCUGUUCCUGAGACUGCUCUUAGGGAAGGAAAAACACAGCAGACGGGAAAGCUGUAGGUCUAGAGAUCACUGUUGCCAUCAAGCAGUUGCUAUUUCUGUUUCAUUAUCAUAUUUUUGACUAAUUGUGAUUCCUAGGCUCUCUGGGUGGGCUGGAGAGCCUGGGCUAUACCCUGUGCCUUCUGGUUUAUGCCAGAGCAAAGCAACAUUACCCUGCUCCAAUGCAUUGCUGUCCUUCCAGGCGGAUAGGAACCUAGCAGCAACAAGCUUUCCUGUGAUUCAGUUGGAAAUGUCCCUGAGGACUGCAAAUACUAGAUAUGAUUAUCCCUCCUGAGAUUUUUUUUUUUUUCCUUCUAGAGAAGUCUGAACAUGAGAUGUCUCAUUUAGUAGUAUUCAUGUAGUAUUACCUAGAAAUGUAUUAGCUAGAAUGAAGUUCCACCUAUUUACUUGAUCUGCAGAACCACAGUCUUGACCUUUUCUUCCAGGUAAUCUGAAUUGUUCGGUGUGUUUGCUCUAAUUAGUUGUGCAGGUUUGGGUUUUUUGCUGGGCUUUUUUGGUGGUGUUUUUUUUUCACAUUGGAAAUAGUCUGCCUUCAUAUAGAAUCUAUAUUGGUAUCAAAACAGAACAGAAGAAAUACCUUGUCUCUUGAUAGAUGCCAUGCUGAGUUCACUCAUUUAAUUUCUCUGGUGCCCUGUGCAAACAUAGAGAUCUUUUUCCUGCAGAGAUUAGAAGAGUACAUUAAAUUAACUCAAUGCCUGCCUGCUUUCUACUGAACCUAAAUAUUUUUCUUUUUGUACUGGAAGCAGCAUAUUAUUGUCCUUCAUUUGUGUUCUGUAUCUAAUUCAGCAUGUGAAUGUAUCACUGCUAAAAAGAAUAUACAUCCUGCCUUUAAGAAAAAAAUAACUGAUGUGCUCCUGGAAACUGAAAUUAAUUAGAAAUGGUGAUAAAAUUAAUACAGAACUGUAGAAAAUGGAGCAAUUUGCAAAUAUAGCCAUGCAGUUAUGGCAUUAUGACCCCUGUGGGGAGGGGUCUUUAGCAUUUUACAGUAGUCCCAGGGUCAUGUAUGAAGACAUUAUCACUUCCCUAAAGCAGCAUUUUAGUUUUAGGAGAAGCCUAAACAGUGCACAAAACUAUUAACAAUUCCUCUAUUUGCCUUUUACUUUCUAAUUGCAGCAUCUGUUGGUGCUACAUUAAUAUAGCAGUAAACUUCAGUCUAUGCAGUUGUUCUUUCAAACACAGAUCCAUUAUUUUCCAUGUUAUCACUUGGGUGAUUUUUUUAAUAAGGGAGUUGUGAAUGUAUACAUAAUUACAGCCAGUCAAUAUUGAUGGAAAAAAUGUCUUCCUCUGGGUAAAUCAUGUUCAUUCAGAAGUUGGAUACAGUUCAGUUAGUUGGAAACGGGGAAGGAAAGACUGGGUUUUUUUCCCAAAUCAGUCAGAUUUUAGGAGCAACUGGAGCUUGAUACAUGAAUGAAUUCUGCAUGUGAAAUUUGCUUAAAUCUGUUCUGUUAAAAUCAGUGAAAGCCCUUCUAUUUAUUUCAAUGGAUUGAAAUCCAUGUGGGUUGGCAGCUGAUUUAUGCAGGCAGGUCAUGCCACUUGUCCACACAAAUGGACACUUUACUGAGCAUUCACAGGGACUUCUUUACUGAUGUGAUGGACGUUGCCUGGGAAGAUCUGAUGCUGUAUGAGGGAGGAAAAAGUGGGUUUGUGGCAAAAUGCAAAAAGUCCAUCUGGAAUCAGAAUUAAAUUAGAAUCUGCUAUGUAUGACAGGACACAAGAGGUCCUGUUUCUUGACAAACUCCUCAGCUGCGAAUGUGAGGGGAAUACCACUUGUUUACAUGCUAAUUGACAACAGGUAGCUGGGGAGGGAGGGCAAAGGAAAGGGAGACUUAUGCUCCCUGUCUAUAGGCAUCAAAAUUAGCCACCACCUCUCCCUGGGCGCGCUCUGCAGUUACUGGUGAGAGCAGUAUUCCUCUAAGAAAUGGGGAAUAAAUUCAUACGAGCUCUGUAGAGCAGCAGUAUAACAUUGUGCAGUGAAUCACCCUCUGGGGAAGCUUGUUUCUAUAGAGAGCGCCUGGGGAAAUUAGCUGGUUAAUUUGAGCUGGGGAAGGCAGAUGCCUAGAGCUGGAUAUCCUGUGCUCUCCUCCAUCCCCCUCCCAAUCCUCCCAGCUCACCUCCUUGCCUGCUGCUGCCUGCCCUGCUCCUGGGAGCCUGCAGCAUUCAAAUGGCUUUUUCAGCCAUUUUUCAGCCCUGUGAAUUUGCUGAGGUACCACAAUGGUUUGUACAUGAGAGCUGCUGGAUGUCAAGCUUCAAACGUAUGUAUUGUUUAACCAGAUGUCAAACUCGCCAAUAAAAUAUUGGAGCUCUUAAUCA